AAGAAUAACUAAUGCAAUUCUAGCACCCCUACGUGGUGAAGAAUUGUUGCCAGCAUCUGGUUGAAAACAUUUGGUCGCGGUUAUAAAAAUGUGAAUGUGUUUGCUAAUUAAAACAUCGCAAUACCUGCCUUAUUACCCGUGCAAAAGGUAAUGUAAAAAUAGGCAUGCUUAGGUGGUUAAACUGUUUUGGAUGGUUCAAAGGGGCAUCGAGUUGCUGAGAUCAGCCAGGUUAUUGUUUCCCUUCGGAGAUGAAAUGCACCGUGGCUCUCUUUUCGUUUGGAUUAGCUAGCAAACCUCGGCAGCAUCGAAAUCAGGUGAGGCUGCACUCAUUCACCGCAAAAUUUCCGAUGAGUAUGACUAAAACGCAGUGACCACAGCUCAUAGCCCGAUAUGAACCAUAGUUACCCAAACGUAUCGGGGGUUCCUGUAUGGUCGGCAAACGGGAAGGGAGACUCUACAAAACAUGCCGCUGAUUUCCCCUCAUAUUGCGAAAACGCACACGAAAAUGUUCCACAACUGGUGGUCAAAUGUAAUACAAGCCCAUGCCGAAUUGAAUUGGAGUCCAUCAGGGUUAGCGGGAUCUCCGUUGGCUCUCAUCCCGACGAGGAUUCGUUUUGUUCGGACAGUGGGUUCGGAGGCUCCCCCGCAUCACUUCUACUCAGAAAGUUGUCAAACUCCUCAUCGUCUGAGUUGUCACCCGCCUCGUCUUUUGAAGAAUACGAGGACGACCGCGGCUUUCCUGAUGAGGUUCCCCGGGGCGUCACAUGGAAGAAACCCGGAAGUACAGGGACCUUGCCUCCCCUCCCCGUGCCCCCCAAGAAGCCACAACCCUGGGUACAAGUGGUCGGACAUGCAGGGAGCUUCCAUGCAGGGGACUAUGGGAUGCUGCUGAAGCGCUACUCUGAGGGGGAGCAACAGUGCCUGCAGAGGCUGAUGGAGGACUCUUUGAGGCCCUUCGUACCAGGCUACCACGGAGUGGUGCAGCGGGCUGAGCAGGACUACAACAUGAUGGAUGACCUGCUCACUCACUUCAACUCCCCCGCCAUCAUGGACUGCAAGAUUGGCACCCGGACAUACCUGGAGGAGGAGCUGACGAAGGCUCGGGAGCAUCCCCAGCCUCGUCAAGACAUGUAUGAGAAGAUGGUGGACGUGGACCCAGAGGCCCCCACUGCAGAGGAGCAAGCCCUACAGGCAGUACUCAAGACCAGAUACAUGCAGUGGAGAGAGACCCUGAGUUCCACCACCACUCUGGGUUUCCGCAUCGAGGGAAUCAAGAAGGCUGAUGGUGUGUGCAACACAAACUUCAAAAGGACCAAGAGCAGAGAAGAGGUGAUGCAGGCACUGCAGGACUAUGUGGAUUGCAACGCUCUAAUUGUGAAGGGAUAUCUAAGACGACUGAAGGAGCUUCAACUGGUGUUGGAGACAUCUGACUUCUUCAGGACACACGAGGUAGUGGGCAGCUCCCUGCUUUUUGUGCAUGACAGUACAGGGAAGACUGGAGUAUGGAUGAUUGAUUUUGGGAAGACCGUUCCCCUGCCGCCUCCUCUCACCCUGGACCACCGCACCCCCUGGGAAGAGGGCAACCGAGAGGACGGGUACCUGUGGGGGCUGGACAACCUCAUUGACGUCCUGACUGACAUACUGCCUCAGCUGAACCUCAAUCUGACUGACAGGACCUCAUCAAAAACAAAACACCCUCUCCAACCUGAACCAUACUGUAUCUGAAUGGCCACGUCACGUUUCACCUUAGAGGGUUGGACAACCGAGAGACUGUUCACACAUUGGACUUGGAUUCUGUGUUGGUGUUUUUAACCACAUCAUUAAUGAUGUUAGAUACUAGUGUUUGUUUUUGUAAGAGCGCUUUUAUAGAUUAAAGAAUGCAAUGAAUUGACCUAUGUGACUUCAAUGAGGGCCAGCCUACUUUCUGGUAAAGAAUGCAGUGAUGUGUUCUGAACCUGUCGCCUGUAAUAAAGCGUAGUGUGCUAUGAUAAA